CAGUCACUCCUGUUAUAUUAGCUCAGAGGCGCCGCUCGGUUAUCCGUAGUACCGCCGCCGGAAGUCGGCCUCUGGACCGUAGUUGGAAGCUGCCGUUAUGGAACUGGACAAAGUGGACGAGAGUGAGUGGAAAUAUCACGGAGAGGGAAACAAGAGCCUGGUGCUGUCACACAUCCAGAUUUCCAAAGUUUUGCGUCUGCUGAAGUAUCCGGUUGAGGAUUCUGAAAACCCGCCACAGACGGCAGAGCAGGCCUUCAGGCAGAUCCAGAACAUCGUGGACUUCAGCUCCAACGUGAUGAGCCACCUGCUGGGAGACGAGUUCAUCCACAGCGGGGAAGUGGUCAAGCUGCCUUUAGAGUUUGUCCGACAGCUGUCAAUCAAAGUUCAACAUCAGAGACCAGCUUGGCGCUGCGAUAAGGUGAUGGACAUCUACAGCGGCUGCGCUCUGUUUCUGCCUAACCUGACGUCUCCAGCCGUUUACCAGCCAACUCACGUUCCUCCACUCUGCAUCGAGAUCAAACCUAAAUGUGGCUUCCUGCCGACCGGCAAACACGUCAGUAAGGACAUAAAGACCAGAGUCUGUCGCUACUGCAUGCACCAGCAUUACAAGGUGGCCAACGGGAAGUGGAAGAGACGCAGUCUGUACUGUCCUCUGGACCUGUUCUCAGGGAACAGGCAGAGGAUGCACUUCGCCAUCAGACACCUGAUAGAAGAACCGCAGAACAACUUCAAAGUCUUCAAGGGCGGUCAGUGUAUAUACAGCAGUAAGGAGGGCAGCGACGACCCCACCGACCUCAGCUCGCUCACGCAUCAUCUCAGACCGUACUUCACCUACGGAAACAAUCGCAUCAGCAGUCACAUGACCAGCAAAGCCGUGAUGAAUGACUUCAUCCAGGUGCUGGUGAACGCUCUGCUGAGUGACAGGGGCGGGGCCGGAGGGAAGACGACGGACAGACGAGCAGAAGGGCGGAGCUACUGUGAGGCCAGCCUGUUCCACAGGGAGAGGAUUCGACACGGUUCUCAGGGUUUACUCAGUGACAGCGUUUUGUUCCGGAUCCUUCACACUCAGCUGUUGGACACGUUAGAUAUUGAAGGACUUUUCCCUUUGUACCGCAGAGUGGAACAACAUCUGCAGGACUUCCCCAAGGACAGAACCCGUCUUCAGAUUUAUGGUCCCUAUGACGAGGCCUUCCUGGAGAAGCUGCAGAAAUGUGCCGCAGAGGAUGACUGCUCCGUGGAAUAUGCCGUGGCUAAGGUCCAUCAGUACUGUGUUGCCAUGACGGCUAAAGAUUGCUCCAUCAUGGUUGCCCUGUUGCCCAGCAGUGAGGACGAGGAGGACGAUGAAGGUUUGUCCUCUCACAGGAGACUCGGGGGCUUUGUCCCCUCCAGACCUCCUGCUUUCUCUUUCUCGGUCUCUGUCCUGGAUCUGGACCCCAAGCCGUUCGACAGCAUCCCCCGUCAGCUGCGCCUGGACCAGAAGAUCGUCUCCUGCUACCUGAGGACUGGUGGUGCCUUGCCAAAGGGUACUCUACCCCCGCUGCCUGCUAUCUUCACGGCUGCAGAGCGAGAUGACUGCACGUUGCUCUUCCACCCGGUGUGAGCGCCACCAGCAGGCCAGGCACAGUACUGACAUCAAGCACAAACUGGCGCCAUGACGACGCUGCAGACAGCAGCUUGAAAAGGAGCGCCACCUACUGGACGUCUGGAAACACUUGAAGCCGGGUUGCUGUGAGACGAUGUGUCACUGGAGCACUUUGGCCACGCCCCUCAAACUAAUCGAAAACUGAGCCAUUAACCAUCACCAGUUAAAGCAACUGCUGACUUUGUUACUGAUUUAGGCGUUUUAGUGUUGUCAUGGCAACUUUCUGAACCAUCCACGCAUUCUGUCCUCCACUUCUGCCGUAACUGUCUGAUGGGGCGGUUGUCAUGGCAACAUGACCAGCCCACCUACAGACGGAACGAACGAAAAACCUCAUGAGGUCACUUCCUGAAAAACCUCAUCGUGUUGUUGUCAUGACUACAGAGGACGGUGGAGACGAGAUGGAUGAUGUGUCCAAACGCUCCAUUGUGAGCCAUGACGGACGGCUCCCAUGGAUAGAAAUCAUUUCUUCCCAUAAUGCUUUGCGCUGAUGUUUGCUGUCGCGUGUGAGCUCAGACAUCAGGUUCAGUUUAUUUCUGGCAGACGAGAGAAUUCCUCACAGAUCUCGUGAUUCAGACUCGUGUUCAGUUACGGUUCUCAUAUGAGACCUGUUAACGUUUUCCACCGCUGGAAACGGCAGUUUUUCAUUGGUUGAUGCAGUUUGAUAUUGUUCAGUUAGUGUAACUUAAUUAGCAAUAGUCUCCUGUGAUGUGAUCGAAGCAGCGCAGUCGUGGUUACGGCAGGGCAGACCAGGAGCGUCCACCGUGCCACAGAACCACCCUGGGUCCUGGAUGGCAACCACACACACAGAAACACGGUCCAUCCCCGCCCGUGGCCAGGCUAAGGACACGGCCACACACACGACGUCUGCGGGUCAGCGAGGAAUUCUCGUGUCGGAGUUAAGACAUUUUGACGUUUUCACAGUAACCCUUACAAAAUUAAAAGGGGUUGGGGCCAGAACAUUCUUUGGUUUCACCUGUUCAUCAGAAUAAUUUAACUUAUGAAGAAAAGGACAAAUCGUGGUUUUAGCAGUAACAUGUAUAAUAGUGGUUUUGGACAGUUCUUGUUAACAUGCUUAAGUUAUUUAAGAUAAUUUGUGUGCGGAGGUGAUGCUCUACUUGUGCGUGUCGCGGCUAAGUUCAGCUGCACAUUUUUUCCGUGUUUAUUAGCAGUGCUAACGUUAGCUGAGCAGUGGUAAACUACAUCCUGGCAGCAGACUUUCAGAGUAAAAUUUGUGACGUUUCAUCAGCACCCACAAACAAAAACAACGAAUCUUGAAUAUUGUUUUUGAUUGAAACUUAUUUUUAUUCUUGUUUCUCUUCUUCAGUGUUGACUGUUGUUCUAAAUUAAUCCAUCGAUAAUUAAUUUGAUGAACUAAUUAAUGAGCACAGGUGUUUAGGUUCCUGCUUCACGUUUCCUUACUGUUUACAGAGCAGGGGGCGGGGCCAGCCAGGAAAACGUCACUGCUGAGGAUACGUGCUGAUGCAGAGGUCAAAGGUCAUGGCGAACAGGCCAUUUUUACGGUUCGAUUCCGUCGGUGUGACAUGUAACCGGUUCAACAAAAACCCUCCAAGCAAACAGGAAACAAACGAAACGCUGGAAACACGAAGCUGCAGGUUUGUUUCUGUUUGAACCGUUUGAUUUGUGCUUCGUUUGGUGACAGAAGUGAAUGUUAUCGUUGUUGUUGAUGUGUAAACUGUUACAGGAUCCGUAACAUUUUCCAUUUUGCAGCUGAUGCAUUUAGCUGGUUUCAAAAUGAUGUGUUCAGGAUCACCAGGACGUCUGAUGCUUUAAUCAGGUGAUCAGAACCAAAACCAACACCCCCCCCCCCAAAAGCUGGUGAUGUCAUCCUGGUUGUCUGGGCUCCACCCCCAAAACUUCAUCAACCAGUCAGAUCACAAAAGAGAAUUUACGUGUCUGAGGCUCCGCCCUGCUCCAUUUGGAAACCUGUAACAUUAUUCAAUAAUCAGCAGCCAAUCAGAUGUAAGGCUCUGACAUCAGCUGUUCCAUAUCGACCAAUCACAGCCCUCCAUUUUGACUAAACCCUUGCUGGCAGCUUUUCAUGCCUGGCUGAGAGAGUGGGCGGAGCUACAGGAGAGGUUGACCCUGGAGAAAUUCAACCCAGACUAGACAGGCAGCGGAGGAUGAUGGGAGUUGGAGUAAAGGGGCAGAGUUUUUUUUUGUUUUUGUUUUCCUUUUUAAGUUCACAUCCUGACUUUCUUGGACUAAAACUCACUAUUUUUCCUCAGCGUUGAAGUUUGUUUUUGCUACGACAGAAAUCACAGAAAAUAUAAAUAAAAUAUUAAUUUGUUUAAAAUCCGUCUGUAUGUUACUUAAAGAAAUAAAACAUAAUGUGCGACUUGCUGCAAUCAAACAUUUCAGCAAAGUCCAGUUUCAUCUAAUCACAAGCUCGCUGACCUCUGAUUGGAUGAAACUAAUUUGUCAGACUCCUGAUCCUCAAGUUAAUCUCUUAACGUAGAGGACUAACAUCAGACUGCGAUUUAUUUUCUCCACGCUCCGUUAAUGAUGUUGUAUGAUGGUCAAAUGUUAUGAUCACAUGAAAGAAUUUAAAUUCUUCAUGAUGUCAUACAGCGCUGACAGAUUGAACUCAGCUGUGAAAACGGUUCUUAUGAGCCUACGAGUCCUUUUUUAACUCUACGCUCGUGAUUUUUUUUUAUUUUAAAGUCAGUGGACCAGAAAAAAAUUCAGAUUUUCUGACAGUUGUGAGCGUGUAGUGUGUCUGUGUCUCAUGUUUCUUCCUGUUAAAAGGGAGUUUUUCCUUCCCACUGUAGCCAAGUGCUUGCUCACAGGGGGUCGUUUUGACCGUUGGGGUUUUACAUAAUUAUUGUAUGGCCUUGCCUUACAAUAUAAAGCGCCUUGGGGCAACUGUUUGUUGUGAUUUGGCGCUAUAUAAAAAAAUUGAUUGAUUGAUUGAUGUUUAAGGUAACCUUGACAUGACGACACUUUCAUCAUCUGAUGAUGUGUGAUUUAAAAUGAGCAGAAAGGUCAAGAUGUUUUUCCACCGUUGCACAAACCAGAGAUAAACACCAGAGCAGACGCCGAGCUCCUUCUGCGAUAUUUUCAUCCACCAUCUUGGGAGGGGCUGUCAUGAGUUUGUGACCCACCGCUGUGAAAAACACCAAGAUCCACAACUCACUCAUCUUCAAAAAAUUACUCCAGUUAAGGGUCGCAGGGGGUGGAGCCUAUCCCAGCAGUCACAGGGCACAAGGUGCCCAGUCUGUCACAGGGUCACAGUCCACCGAACCUGCAUGUCUUUGGAUGUGGGAGGAAGCCAGAGGGAACACCUACAAACACGAAAGGCCACAGGCGGGAAUUGAUCCCACAACGUUCUUGUGAGGCAAACGUGCUAACCACUAAGCCACUGUGCUAUCCGAUCCACAACUCAAGUUGGACAAAUUUACUGCCCAAAAUCCGCCAUUUGGUGGGCGUGGCAAAUAGAACGAUCCUCCUCCUGAAGUGUUUGUAAUCUUGUUGGUCUUUUCAUGAGACAAAUACAAAAAGCAUUUUGUAUUUAAAUUAUUUAUUUUUUUAGUCGAGCGUGCGCUCGCAGUACAGAGCAGUUUGUAUCAAUUAAAGCUUUCUAAGAACGAA